ACUGUCUAGUGUCAAAUUGAAAAAAAAAAAUUAAAAAAAAAAAACAAAAACAGACGCAAAGUGCAAACCAUAAACGUGAAGGUGGAUUUUGAUAGUUAUUUACACGUGCAAAAAUAUUUUUUAUAAACUAUUCUGCAAUACGCACUCCAGCGGUAGCCGUGACCAAUAUUUAUAACUUUAUUUCGAAACAAUGGCAUCAUCAACUGUAUUGAGAGUAAAACGAAGACUGCAGGACAAUCCACAAGAUGCUCUGGUCUUGGUCUGUAAACGCCGUAAAACUGAUACGGAGGAAAUAUCACCAUCAUUGUUUGUUUUCAGAGGAACUGUAGAUAAUCAGGAAACAUCCCAACUCAAAACGAUCGUCCCAAAAACCGAGAUUAAAUUGAAACCAAAAACAGAUGUUGAUGAUAUCAUCAAGAAGAUUCGGCAGGAAAGGAAAGACACAGCCACCGAGAAUAGAUAUGCUAUCGUUAAUUUCAACAGAGGAGUCAAAGAUGACGAUGAUAUUAAUUUAGUUGAUUUAGAGGCGACAGGACUGGAUGGUGAUGGUGCAAAGUUCACAUACGACUUGUAUACUGCUAUUAAAGAGGAUUUCGAUAUAUCUAUGCUGGAUAAUUUGGUUAGCAUUGAAAACUACGAAACGGAUCUGAUCCUAGGCACAUAUCGGGAUAACGGGUCAUCCGACGAGGCUGAUGAUGAUGAUGACUCCAAUGAUGAGAACAACUGGAGGAAUGACUACCCGGAUACAGAGCCAAGUAGUAUUGAUGAAGAUGAUAUGAUUGCGGCCAUGGAGCGGUGUGAUAUAGAUGAUCUAUCCAGUGAUGACGGUGAGGAUAAAAUAUACAACGACCCGCCGGAUUUAUUCAACGAGGACGUUAAGAGAUAUGGUGCUGCCUACGCCAAGUAUAAAGCCAGAGUAAUAGCUGAAGAAACUGAGGUCCUGGACAGCAAAAACCUAGUCCACUGUUCGAGGAUAAAGGAUUUGGACGAGGAAUCAAUUGAUGGAUAUAAGGAUGACAGCGAUAAUGGGUUUUAUUAUGGCCAAGAUGAAGAGACUGAACAGUUUUGUGAACAGUACAGCGAUGAUGUGUAUAAUCCAGACUGAUUGUGUAAUAAAUUGAUUGUUGUUUA